CAGAUGGAGUUUGAAGAGCUGGUGUCCAGCGCCAGGAGACUAAGUCUCAGCAGCACAGAGAAGCAGAAGAGAGGAAGCAUUGCCAAUGCUGACUCCAGGAUGGACCGCAAGAGAGAGUCCCACUACAUUGGAGCAGGUCCCGAGUUCCAGCAUGUCUGUUUCAAGCCCUGUGGUCAGAGUCCUCUGGUGUCUCGUUACCUGCACCUCCAAGACAUCCCUACACCCGCUGGAUCUGACACACGCAGGAUCAGACGCACUGAGAUCACCAACCUCACUCCUUCCAAACCCACCUACCAAGAGGUGCUGACUGAUGUGGAGGAGAGGAGCCACAAAAGGCAACAGGAAUACAACACGUUCUGCCAGCAGACGAAACAGGAGAUAGCUGACAUCCACAGAGAUCGACUGAUCCAUAACAUGAAACUCAACAGGAUGAAGAAAGAGAUUUUCAGUGACCGCAUGGAGGUGAAGAUCGCCAGCGAGGGAAUCAUGAAUAAAUGGAACCACCCCCCGUACCGCCAGCGUCUGCAGAAGGGAGAGGGGAAAGAGAGGAAAGAGGAGUCAGAGGAGGUGAAGAAUACAAACCAACCUUCUGUUUCUCCAGAGAACCGAAAGACAGCUGGACAAUGACACUGCAACUUUCAGCACAGUGUCUCUCUCUCCCUCUCUCUCUCUCUUUCUCUUUAUGCCACUCAGAUCUACAGAACAUGAAGUCAGUGUUUUGUGCUACAUUAAUAUAUAUUUUACAUUUGUUUUCAUUGAAAUCCACCCAGAUGAUUUAAAUGCCAAUCUUCAC